AUGAACUUCUUAAUCCAAGAUAACGAGCCUGCUACCACUGUCAAGCCCGGCAUCCCAAUCGUCGUCGUAAGCAGCAUCGCCGAAAAGCAGGAACAUGAUACCAAUGCGGGCGAAGGUAAGGAAAUAUUCCAGCGCGCGGAUGACCUCAAGGAGACUAUACAGCCUAUGAGAGAUAAGGGAAAUGAAAAAUUAAGAGACGACGGCAAUCUCUAUAGCAUCUCCAAAUUUGAAAAGGUUAAGGAUGUUGAGUACUACACAAAGGAUGGAUUCCAUCCCAUGUCGAUAGGUGACAAUUUCAAGGAUGGGAAGUACCGGAUUGUCCACAAGCUAAGAAACGAAGCAUUCGCAACCGUCUGGCUAGCUCGCGAUAUAGAAGAGGAACGUUACGUUGCGAUCAAGAUUGCACUAGCGGAUUUCUCGAAGAAAUUUUCAGACAAUCAAUAUUACAUGGAUGCGGAGAGCCGUCAAAGAAUGGCACUGCAACUCGCUCAAACCUUAGCAAUUCUCCAUUCAGCAGAAGUGGAGAUUGUACACAGAGAUCUUACAAGUGCGAAUGUCCUUCUCGAGCUUAAGAGCAUCGAUUCAUACUCCCAAGUUCUCUACGAGACCGCGGAUCUCACUCGGCUUCUUGGACACCGCACUAGCAACAUCCGAGUCAUCGACUUCGGCGAAUCGUUCUUCGUCGACAAGUCACUCGAGGAGAGUGUCGGAACUCCUGCAGAUUUUAGGUCUCCCGAGCUGCUGCUCGAAAAUAAGUGCGGCAAAGGCUCGAACAUCUAG